AUGUCUGGAGCUGCUGGUCUUGGCCGGGCAUACAAGUCUCGGAAACAGCGGCCGUGUGAUGGCUGUAGGAAACGGAAGGUCGCCUGCGAGAUGCUGGCGGGACCACCCUGCGAGCGUUGUACCAAGUUGUCCAAGUCGUGUGAAUUUCUGGAAUGGCCGGCCAAGCGACAGCGUCAUCGGUAUACUGAGCCUGAAACCCUACAGCGUCUCGAGAGCGGCUCUCCUGGACUCAGCCCGCUUCUGAGCAGUGUUGCUCGAGAUCUCGAGAACGGCCAGCAUCGCCACCUGUCGUUGCCGUGGUAUAACUUAUGGUCAACCCAAGACCAGAACUCUCUCGAUGUACCAUUUGCCUAUGCGGAUGACUUUCCUACUCCCGGAUUCUGGCACGCUGUACGGUCACCUCCGCCAACAUCGCAGAGCUUGCCGGACCAGCAGCCAUCGCCGUCUGUAGCCAUCCAGCCAAGGCCGGCAGAACAUGCAGAUGAUGUUGAACAGACCUACUGUCAGCCAAUCUCGCUCGAGAACCUCCCACAAUCCUUCAGCUUCUAUAUUGGCCCAACUGGAACGUCGGAUGCCUCUCUUUUACGCCGCCAGGCCUACGAUGGACUAGGCCAUACCGACGCUGUGGCCACCGGCUUGAAGUUUCGGCGAGUCGCUGACAAUUCAAAAUCUUCCCAAAAGGCUCCAGUAUCGAGCAGCGUGCCCAUGUUCGGUAUAACCGAGGACAGGCUGAUCAAGAAUGCCGAACCGCGCGUCGGGGCCGCUGAGCUGGAAGAAGCCCGAUCCGACCUAUGGAGUCAUGUCGAACGCGAAACGGCACUACGCCUGUGUCGACUUUACUUCAAGUUUGUCAAUCCUUACUUUCCCGUGCUUACUGAGGACCAGUGCCCCGCAAAUGUUUCGUCUCUCGAAACGACCAGCCUUGCCCUCUUGGUAGGUAUGUGCGCGACUGCUCUUCCCUUCAUGUUAUACGACGAGGCCCUUUAUGACGUCCUUCCUCAACCACCGUCGAGCAACCGUUUGUAUCGAUUGUGCUGGUCCGCUAUUUGCUACGAACUCCAUGCACCUACCCUUGCGACAGUGCAAGCCUGUCUUCUGCUUCAGCAUGGGCUCCCGACGAAUCCUGUUCUAUCCGAUACCGCUUUCAAGUGGUCGUUGAUAGGCGCCACCACGUCUGCCGCUCAAACAAUCGGUCUUCACCGCAACUCGCUAUCAUGGAACUUGAUUCCCAGCAAGGAACGGACACUGCGACAUCGCUUAUGGUGGGCAUUGUGGACCAUGGAGAAAUGGAUUGCCCUGUCGCGAGGCAUGCCCAGCCAUUUGAACGACUGCGAUAGUGAUGUCGUACCACUUGAAGUUCUGGACUCGAGCGGAGAGGGUCUUCCUGAUUACACGAGGAAUCACUUCGAAUUUCUUGUUCAGCUUACCACGAUCCUCGCAGACAUUCAGUGCACGUACUACACCGUGCGAGGGGAAGCAACAACGGCCACUGACUUACGAUUGUCCCUUGAGGAAGCCAGGCCUCUUCGAGCGAGACUCCGUAACUGGCAAGAGUCUCUUCCAACCAACCUGAGAUCCUGGGCAAUUUCCUAUCCGCCUCAACGCGGCAGUCGCCCGGAAACUGUCGAGGAACUACAAUGCUUGGAUGGCAACGGAGCAUUGCACUUGUCCUAUAUUGUCACUCACAUGAUGCUUUUCCGAGCUCUAUUACGCCCACUGGAAGAAGGCUUCGUCAAAGGGGUUCCUGGUGACGAAUACAAUCAGGGCGCAGCCGCCGUGGUGAGAGGCGCACUAAUCUGUGUCAAGGAGCUUGUGGAAUUUUUGGAAAAGCUGCGAGACCCGCAAUGGAACGCUUUCUGGCACUGCUGGUCACGACCAAAUUUCGCAAUGGCUGGCUCAUUCAUGGUUCAACUGCUCUGCACUAUUUCGCCGCGACACGGUCGGAAUGCACCUACACCACAUAAUCCGUCUCAGCCUGACGACAGCUCCAAUCUUGCAACUCAAGAUACUGACCAGACGGCCGACAGCGCUGGCAAUUUCAGCAUCGAACUAGGCGAAUUACUGGAUCUUAUACGCCGCUGGCGCUGGAUCAAUCGCGUCUCCGCCCAAGGGGCUGCGGGUGUGAAGGGGCUCACCAAUCUCGGACUGUUCAAAGUCGAGACCUUGUUGGCGAGGCUAGGCCAGAUUACACCAGAAUGA